CCAUGUUCCGGCCCAGCUGAGCUCCAGCCCGGCAGUCCAUGGGGAGCCCCACGCACAGUGUCCAGCCGCUGCUGCUGCUCCUCGCUGCCUUGCUGCUGACCUGUUUGCCUGCCACACCUGGGACUCACCUGCUUCUCGACCGCCCACAAGUCACUGCCAACUUUGCCUGCAGAGCCGAAGCAGUGCAGGGGGACCUACCCAAACCACAAUGUCUCCGAAAGCUGUGGGAAGGCCCUGCUGCCUCUGUGCCUACCCUCGCUCUCAGCACCGUCCAGCUAUGCCAGCAUGACUGCCCGCUGUGCGUGCGCGUUCACUUGGCUCUGAACGCUACAGGCAUACAAGGACUGGAACUGUAUUUUCUGGUACUGAAUUCUAACCGUUCUGUCCGGCUUCAAGUCUUCAGGCGACCAAAGAAGCGGGCAAAUGCAGGAACCUUGUGGCAGGUGCAGUUUGACUGUUUCACAGCUGAAAGCGGCCAGUGGGUUUUUGUCUGGCUGAAAACCCUUCCCGAUGAGGUGCUGAUUCUCAACCAAAGCCUUCUAGUCAUCCAUGAGAGGUCAGGACCAAAGUUCCACUACACAUGGAUGCCAGCAGCUCGAGCGAUUGAGGUGUCUGUCCCUGAAGGCCCCAACAUUACAGUACGCCUCUGCCACCAGAUGGCUCUAGAGUGUCAAGAACUGUCCCCCCGCUUCCACCAGCAGGCGCUGGUUUCCAGACAUCACCCUGCUGUGCUGCCAUAUGAGUUCCUGCUGCCCUGCUUAUGCAUCGAGGCAUCGUAUGAGCACCAAGGCAGCGUGCGCAAGAAGAAGUGUCCCUUCCAGGAUCACCCAGAGGCCUAUGGUCCCGAGUUGUGGUCCUCAAUGCAGAUCGAUGACCAUAGCACCAGCAACGGGGCCCAAAUGGCUAUGUCUCUACGCGGCCGCUGCCUGCUUCAUCCCACCGCUGCCCUCUGCUGGAAGGAAAGUGCUACACCAGAAGCAACCUGUUAUGACAUCCCGAAUUCCACAGCCACCAGAUCUCAACAGAUCUACACCCUUGAGGAAGUGGACGUGCAUCCUCGGCUGUGCUUCAAGUUUUCAUACACCAACAGCAGUCAUGUUGAAUGCCCACGCCGGAUAGACCCUGCCUGGAACGUAUCUCUUAGCGUUCACUUCCUGCAGGUCCACAUGCAUUUCCACUCUCGCGUGCCAGCGUCCUUCAGUGCAGCCUUAUGUCAGCAGCAGCCCCUGGGCCAGUGUGUGCUGGAGCCACCGGUCUACACCAUCACCCAUCCAGAGGGUCAGGGCUCAUGGGACCUGGACCUUAUCCUGCCUUGGCGGAUCUCGAGGAGCUGUGUACUGGUCUGGCGUUCUGAUGUGCGCUUCUCUGGCAAACAGCUUCUGUGUCCAGACAUUUCUCGGAAGUACUGGGGACUAUUGGCUUUUGGACUGGUAUUGCUGGUGGGCAUCACCCUGCUGAUUCUCUGGGGCUGUCACAGGUUCCAUAGAGCUAUCCCCAGCAGAGGCCAUUCCCGUCCCAUCCUGUUGAUCUAUUCUCCUGACUCAGAGGAACACAAGCAGCUGGUGUGUGCCUUUGCUGCGCUGCUGCGCUCAGCGCUCAGCUGCCCUGUGCUGCUGGACCUCUGGGAACUGAGCCACGUGGGGCGGCUGGGCAUUUUGCCCUGGAUGUACGCCCAGCGAGAACUUGUCAGCCGGCAGCAAGGGCAAGUAAUGGUCCUGUGGAGCGCGGGCAGCGCUCGUGCCUACGGGCUGUGGCAAGGGAAGGCAAGAGCCGGCAGCCGGCCAGCUCCAGAGCCUCACGACCUGUUCGGGGCAGCCAUGGCCUGCUUGCAAGGUGAGCGGCAGGGCACAUCGGAGGCCGCCCGACAAAGCGACUGGGUCAUAGCCUAUUUCAGCAAGCUGUGUGGACGACGGGACAUCCCCCGGGCCCUGCGCUAUCUUCCCCGUUACCGCCUGCCUCAGGAACUGCCUAGCCUGGUAAGGGUACUGCAGGGCCCCUCCAGUUCAACCCCUGGUUGGUUCCGUGCCAGCGCCAAGGCCUUGGUGCGGCGCUUACUCAAAGCCGAGAAGAGGAAAGGCCCACGAAGCCAGCUGCAUCAGCCCCGGAAGACAGCCACAAACAGGCCUGCUGGCUCUCUCUUCCCUCUUGCCCAUUCCAAGCUGUUUAGACCAAACUGCACGUGAGAGACUGCUGAGAGAUGCGUGUCUAUGGAAUGAGCACAGGUGGUUCAAUGGAUCUGCCUGACAGGCUGUGUGUGAGGUGCAGGUCAUGAGCACAAAGCAGGCCUCAGAAAGGUCUGCUGUGUUCUAGAUCCUAAAGGCCAGGUGCCUGUCGCCUGCUGCUCCCAAGAAGGGCCAAAGUCAGCCAGGUAUUGAAAGAGGAGGAGAGGGUGCCCUGCCUGCCGCCUGGGCCUGCUCUCACAUGGCGGCCAUGGCAACAGUUGCCAUGCCAAGGACAGGCUGGAGGAAGAGUCAGAAGGCCGGUCAUACCGACAAAGGGACUAUACAAUAUUUGUAUUGUAUAUAUGUGGCAGGCACAUAUGAAGGUCAUAGAUAGCUCUUUUGGCCCACAGAAAAAUUCCCAAAAGAACAGGAAUGCAUCACCUUGUUGUUAGGAGUCGAGUGGCACUUUAAAGGCUAAGAGACUUUAUUCCUGUCAUGAACCAGACCACAUCACAAAAUGCUGGCCACAUUUUCAAGUUCUCCAGAACUCUACAGGUUGGAUGAUCAGUAUAACACAGGAGUGUCCAACUCUGGCACUUCAGAUGUUCAUGGACUACAAUUCCCAUCAUGACCAUGCCAGCAGGGGCUGAUGGGCAUUGUCGUCCAUGAACAUCUGAAGCACCAGAGUUGGACACUUCUGGUAUAACGCAAUGAAAGCAUUGCAGGAGAGGAGAUAAAAAGAUGUUUUGGCACACGAUGCAAAAGCUGUGGAAUCUGGACUCUUAAAUUGUGUUCCGUAGGGUGAGGUGUAGAAAAAGUUUCAAGGCUGUUGUGACAGAGAAGCCAACCCAAUGGCACAUUCUCUGUGAGGAAAUAAAAUGUAGCAGGUAAGCAGAUACCUUCCCAGCAUAUGAGUAAGUCCUGCAAGUGGUUUCCCAGUUGGAGCAAUCUGUUGUGAGGAGUGAGAGAGGGCGAAUGGUAGCCAAACCACUCACCCCUGCUGCUGUUGAGAACCAGGGAAAUGUGCCCACAACUUAACAGCCUGAUGGGAGAGGCUGAGAAUGUAAACUCUCCACUGACAAGUGCCACAAGUCAUAAAAUUGCUUUGAUAGCUCCUGGUCGGCUAGAAACAAAGCUAGGGAUGUGGCAAAGAGGGGGGGGGGCGCUUUAUUUUGCUGUGCGCAUUCCAGAUGUCAGGGCUGGCUCCCUUUUGACUUCUACAUCGAUUUCUUUUUUUUAUUGUUUUGUUUCAGAUAGGGUAAUAAAAUUACUUUAAAAAAAA